AUGGCUGCGAAGCUAGACACCGCGAUCAUCAACGUGCUCCCAAAGGAGAGCAAGAUCCUUGCCGUUGAGCAGUAUGGCACAUCGAGCUGGGCAUCGACCGCGCGAGUAGACACCGAAGCCGCUGAUGGAACCAAAAACAAAUACUUUCUCAAGAUCUUGAGAGCAGCCGAUGCGGACGAACGAGUCCUUGGCGAAUACAUGGCCAUGUCCGAGAUUUACAAGACGAUGCCGACCAUCGCGCCCGAGCCCCGCGGCUAUGGAAAGUGCAACGAUGAGGAGGCGCACUUUUUUGUCUGUGAUUAUUUGCCCAUCGACCACGAGCUACCGGACCCUGCGCGGUUAGGCGAGAAAUUGGCCGAGCUUCACCAGAAGAGCGUGUCACCUACGGGGAAAUUCGGCUUCCACUGCACGACCUUCGAUGGCAAGUUGCCGCUCACGACGACAUGGGAUAGCAGCUGGACGUCCUUCUUCACCCGUUUGAUGAAGGACGUGUAUAACCUGGAUGUCGAGGUGAACGGUUUCUGGCAGGAGUUGGACGAUACCAUGCAAAUCACGUUUGAAAAGCUGAUUCCCCGACUUCUUGAGCCCCUUACCGCCGAGGGCAGGUCCAUCAAGCCGUCGCUGAUCCACGGAGACUUGUGGGAGUCCAACAUUGGAACCAACGUGGAGACGGGCGAGAUCUACAUCUAUGACGCCUGUGCAUACUACGCCCACCACGAGAAGGAGGUGGGCAUUUGGAGAUGCGAGCAUCACAAGAUGCACGAAGACCACUACCGGGAUGAAUACUUCAAAAACUUUGAACCCAGCGAGCCAGUGGAGGAGUUUGAUGACAGGAACCGGCUGUAUUCUGUUGAGACGCUGUUGAUUAACUCGGCCCAUUACCCUGGAUCAGUGACGCGGAGCCGGGCUCUUAACGAGCUGAACUUCCUCAUCAACAAAUACCGCGAGGAACUGUAG